UCUGAUCACGAUCCUGCAACAACAACUCGAUCAGGAAGCGAGUUACUUGAAAGACGUUUGUCUGGAGCUGGCUGGAGCAUAGACAGCUGGCAGCCGUCUGUUUCGAGGAGUUUUUCAACAUUUGUUUAUUUUUUUAAUUUCUAGUGGAGCCAACGUAGUUCAGCGUAACAACCAACAUAACAGAGACCGAAGCUUUUGGUCUAGCUGGAGCAGUGACUGGAAGUUGAGAUUCCCCUAAUUAUAAGUCAAAGAUACGAGUACCGUACCAUGAGUACGACAAUGGAUUCGUGAUCAUGUUUUUAUUCUGGCUGAGAGAGAGUAACGAAGGAUCUAAAACGUAUUUUCUGGAGUUUCUGCAAUAUAAGCUGGUCAUCUUAAACCCUUUGAACGAGUAGAACUCCCAGCAUCAUCAACGUCCAGCCGUGAUGUCCAUUGAACUGGGCACUCGUGUUGUGCGCGGUCCAGACUGGAAGUGGGAUGACCAGGACCGUGGGGAAGGCCACGUGGGAACCGUGGUCUAUAUCGGGAAGGGGGAUCCCGUCGAUCGUCCGGAGAAGACCGUGCUCGUCAUGUGGGACCUAGGAAGGAAGAAUAAUUACCGAGCUGGAUUCAACCGCGCUUUUGAUCUCAGGAUCUUUGACAAUGCACAGACAGGUGUUGUACAUCCCGAUGUGUCUUGCAUUGUUUGCAAUGAAAAGAUUCACGGCAUCAGAUGGAAAUGUAUCAAGUGUUUCAACUGUAACCUCUGCAUACUCUGUUUCAUGGGUGAUAAACAUGAUAUCAGUCAUCCCUUCCAAAGGUUUACCACCAAAGAUUCCGCUGGAAGAACUCUGUAUUGCAGAUAUGGAUGUAGGAAGGUGGAGGCAUUGGGCACCUUUCCCGGAGCCUCAGUCCAGAGAGGCAACGAUUGGAAGUACGGAGAUCAGGACGGAGGAGAUAGCAGUCGUCCUGGUACUAUGGUAGACAUACAAGGUUGGGGCGAUGAUGGGAACAGGGCGGGAGUGGGUGUAAAGUGGCCUGGCAAGAGUAAGCUCUAUCGAUACCGUCUCGGAUACGAAGGGAAGGUGGACGUCAAAUGCGUUCAGGAGGCACAGAAAGGAACGUACUAUCCCGAGCUGCUCCCGAACCUAGGUGAAACGGAGGACCUUCAAGUUGGUGAUACUGUUGUGAUUCAGUUGAGUAAAGAUACUCUAAAAUCACUUGGUGAUGCCAGCAUUGGGGUUUCCCAACAAAUACAGGAGGUUGCUGGUGAGAAGGGCGUUAUCAAGACAGUAACUAACAAGGGAGAGCUUGGCAUCCAGUACCUCGGCGGUCAGGUGUUCCAUGUCAAUCCUAUAGCAGUACAGAAGGUUUCGGCUUUCAAUGUCGGUGACCGAGUCCGGAUCAUCACCGACCAAUUGCAAGCCGAGAAUCUACAGAGGGGGCACGGAGGCUGGAACCAAUCCAUGAGAAAGAUUCUGGGUAGAGAGGCAUGUGUAGAACAGAUAUACAGUGAUGGCGACAUCAAGGUUAAGAUAGAAGCUACUUCUAUUAGGCUUCUAUUCCAUCCGGCAUGUUUGACGUUGGUAGAGCCAGGGCAACAUGAAGCUGUGUUUGAACAGGAGCCAGGAGAUGGGUUCCUAUCGCUGCUUGACCAGCAGAAAUCCAUGGGUGUUCAAAGUGACCAAGCUAAUAAGAGACGUUUUAGUAAAGCAGCGGCUAUGGGGCGUGUCAGUGAGGUCAAGAUCAUCCUAGAGAUGCAUCCUGAUAUGAUUGACUCAUUAUACUCGAAUCGCACAGCACUCCAAGUAGCGGCCCACCAAGGUCACCUGUCGACGGUGAAAGAACUGAUGAAGUAUAGACCUUCUUUGGAAGCAGUCGAUAACGAUGGAGAUACUGCUCUGCUUUAUGCUGUUUAUGGUGAUAAACCUGUCAUGGUGGAAUACUUGUUGGAUAAGGGUUGCUAUAUCAACGUCGUCAACAAGCAAAGGAGGAGCUGCCUCCACGUCGCGGCUCGUAGAGGUCAUGUCAGGUGUGUCGAGAUCCUCCUCAAGAGAGGAUGCCAAUGUAAUGCUCAGGAUAAAGCUGGAGACCUUGCUCUUCACGAUGCUAUCCAUAAAGACAAACGUGAAGUAAUAGACGUCCUUGUUCCAUGGCCGAAGUGUGAUCUUACCCUCCGCAACAAAAAGAAUUUAUCGGUACUACAUUAUGCUGCCCUCAGGGGCAACGACUAUGCUGCUGAACGUCUGGUCUCUCAUGCACCCCAUCUUCUUAAACUGAGAAGAGAUGGUGAAACUGCUCUUCACGUUGCCGCUAGCAACAACUUUGAGAAGGUCGCUCGAUGCCUAAUUGAGAAAGACCGAAGUAUACUCGAUGACCGCAAUUCACAACAGAAGACGCCACUGUCGAUCGCUGUGUCAGGGGGGCACGUGAGCAUAGUGAAACUGCUGGUUGAGGCGGGUGCUGAUGUCAAUGCCAGUGAUGCUGAUGGGGAUACUUGCCUGCAUAUAGCUGUGCUGAGAUACAAACACAACCCCUCUGAGAGUGAUGCCUCCGUAAUCCAGCCUUUAUGUAAAGGUGUCGAUGACUCCUUGCUGAAGAUACCUGGAGUACCAUUGAUUGUAUAUCUCAUCCAAAACGGCGCAAGGAUUGACAUUUAUAACCGGACUCACAAGAAACCCUUACAGUUGGUGGAGAACAGUGGAGUACUGAAGGCUCUCAAUGGCAUUGAAGGAAACCCAGUCAGCGUCCCAGCACCUGUAGAUGAAGUUGACGGCUUCCAGGUAGACAGUGCCAGCCGGGUUUUUAAUCUCAAGUCCAAGCAACCACCGACCCAAACAUCACCACCAGCAAGCUUGCAACAGCCACAGAGUCUAGACCAACAGCAACAGCCGCAGCAGCAACCACGGAGUCGACUGAAGUUGUCCAUGGGACAAGGGAAGCCACGUAGUCUCAAUCAAUUAAGAGAGAACUUACUGCCUAGGUCACCAAGGUCACCUCCUAUCUCUCAGCAGCCUCCGCAAUUCCCAAGAGCAUUUGAAGGUGUACACCGGAUCGAUGUGAAUGAGCUGGACCUCGGUGUUGAGAUCGGCGGAGGUUCUUUCGCUCGGGUCUAUAGAGGGCGCUGGAGGGGGACUACGGUCGCUAUUAAGAAGAUGAACAUAGCUGGCAGCAAACGAGCGGAGAUAGAAAAGGAGGUGGAUAUUCACAAACAAGCCAUGCAUCCAAACAUUGUGCAGUUGAUGGCUCUGGGUUACAGUGAUGUCUCCGCGUACCUUGUCAUGACGUUCAUCCACGGCUCAACGCUUCAUCAGUAUAUCUUCCCAGGAGAAAAAACAAAGAGCUCCACGCUGACGGUCCCACAGAAGAACGAGAUAUCAAAGGCUGUAUUAAGCGCUCUGACGUUCAUGCACGCCAGUGGUCUUCUUCAUCUUGACAUCAAACCAACCAACAUCUUGAUUGAGAAGGGGACGUUGAAGACCUACCUCUGUGACCUGGGUCUAUCCUACAUCAAACAAAGAGCUCACAUGUCUCUCUCAAGUCACCUUAGUAAAGCAAGAGGAACGCCCAUGUACAUGGCUCCGGAGAUGCAUGCCGAUCAUUCGUUGAAGGUGAGCAGUGCUCAGGAUGUCUGGUCGGUAGCCUGCACCUUCAUCGAACUUUACGGAGAGGUUCCGGUUUAUCCCCCCACCAUGACCAUGUGGGGGUUAGUGAGACGUUUCUUUUCUGGACGAAUCAUUCCCGAUUCCCUCGAGGAAGUCGGCAUGCCGCAGAAAGCCAUUAUCAAUCCGUGCUUCACCAAUAAGACCAGCGCUAGGCCAAUGACUAGUGAGCUGCUACGGAAAUUCGAGGAUCUUUGCGAAGAAUCGUAACGACGGUAGACGACUCUGGUCGUGCAGAGCUUUAGAACUGAAUACCACCAGAUGAUCCAUUCAUGGCUAUUUGUGGCUAUUUACGAACAAUGUGAUCGGUUCAUGGCUAUUUGUGGCUAUUUACAAACAAUGUGACCGGUUCAUGGCUGUUUGUGGCUAUGUAUGGCUAUUCAUGGCCAUUUAUGUGAUCCAUUAAUAGCCAUUUGCGGCUAUUUAUGAAAAACGUGAUCUAUUCAUGGCUAUUUUGGGCUAUUUCAUGAACGUUGCCAUCCAUUCAUGACUAUUGAUGAACAAUGAAGUGGAAUCAAUGGGAAAUAUCAUCAGGUCAAGAGUUAGAAAGCCGCUGCUCAAACCAGAGGAAUCCUGCCAAGAAUCCUGACGUCUUGAAACUCAUGACUUUGAUGCAGAGCUCUGAAGCUGAAUGCAACAUGGUAUAAUCAUGGAUCUCUGAGACAGACAUAAUAGGACAGUGUUUCAUUGACAUGAUUUCUAGGGAAAAGCAAAAUACUACUGAAAUAUGAAGACAUCUGCAAUGAAUCGUGUCGAUAGGAGACUGAAUCUGCUGAUGCAGAACACAAAAGCUGAAUGCCAUGUGGCAACGCAUUCAUGUGCUUCUGUGAAAGACCUGACAGGACAAUGUUUCAUUGACAUGAUUUGUAGGGAAUAGCGAAGUACUACUGAAAUAUGAAGACUUGUGCGAUGAAUCAUGUCGUCAGGAGACUGAAUGUGCCGAGGCAGAACACAAAAGCUGAAUGCCAUGUGGCAUCGCAUUCAUGUACUUCUGUGAAAGACCUGACAGGACAAGGACAAUGCUUCAUUGAUAUAUACAAUAUCUGGGGAAUAUUGAGAUGCUACUGAAAUAUUAAGACACAAAGAACCAUGCCAACAGGAGACCAGCAGGGCCCCAUCUUACAAAGAGUUAUGAUUGAUCUAAUCGUACACAACUAUGGAAAUCCAGCAACGUCAACAUCUAAAAUACAUGUUUCUUCAAAAUAUUUUCUAGUUUUGAGGUAUAUUCAUACAUUAACUGUUUUCUUGACAAUUCAGUAUGCUUCUCUUUGUUUUCAAAGGACAUUGUGAAAAUUUCAUAAAGAAAAAAUUAUGACACUGAUGGAUUUCCAUAGAGUUAUGAUUGAUUGGAUCAAUGGUAACUCUUUGUAAGAUGGGGCCCAGUUUAUCUGCUCCGAUUCCAAUUUUUCUGUCGCCAUGUGCCUCUGAGUGAUAUCUGUGAUCUAUGAAAGAAGGAACCCCAUAAUUUCCUUUUGAAGAUAUCCAUGACUGAA